GUGCUGAUGCUUCGAUCAAUACGUGACGUUAAUCUGCCUAAGUUUUUAUCCCAUGACAUUCCGCUUUUUGAUAGCAUCAUUUCUGACCUUUUCCCUGGGGUUAUUGUGCCAACUCCUGACCAUGGCAGUCUGGAAGUGUCCAUCAGGGAAAUCACCAGGAAAAUGAAUCUGCAGCCAGUCCCUUGCUUCAUCAAGAAGAUAAUACAAAUAUAUGAAAUGAUGCUGGUGCGACAUGGAUUUAUGUUUGAUUGGAAGUCCACUUGGGGGAAAAACAGCUGCACUUAAGGUCCUUGCAGGAGCUCUGAAAGACCUGGAAACAAAAGGACUAAUGGAUGAACAUGGAGUGGACUAUAUAUUUAUUAAUCCAAAAGCUAUCACAAUAGGACAGUUAUAUGGCAGCUUUGAUCCUGUUUCUCAUGAGUGGAUUGAUGGAGUUUUAUCAAAUGUUUUUCGGAAUCAUGCUACUUGUACCACAAAAAGCCGCAAGUGGUGUAUAUUUGAUGGACCAGUAGAUGCUGUGUGGGUGGAAAAUAUGAACACAGUCUUAGAUGAUAACAAGAAGCUGUGCCUAAUGAGUGGAGAAAUCAUUCAAAUGAAUCCCCAGCAGAACAUGAUUUUUGAGGUACUCGAUCUUGAGCAGGCAUCACCAGCCACAGUGAGCAGGUAGGUCAAAUCA